AUGGAUCGCAGCCUCUCUGAGCCUUUAUUAGCCAAAACUAAAUUAGACCAAGCCAGCUUCCUUAGCAAACUGACAUUUUCUUGGGUCAAUCCUCUCCUUAAGUUGGGUUCCUCGAGAGCAUUAGAUCUCGAAGACAUCCCUUCUCUGGUUUCUGAAGACGAAGCAAAUGUAGCAUACCAGAAGUUUUCUGAUGCAUUGGAGUCCCUCUCGAGGGAGAAGAGCUCAAGUAGUACGUCGAGGAACUUGGUUCUCAGAGCCAUGGCAAGAGUUUACAUGGAGGAAAAUGUGUUGAUAAUCAUUUGUGCAUUCCUCAAGACCAUUGCUGUUGUAGUUUCUCCUCUUAUACUCUAUGCUUUUGUAAACUAUUCAAAUAGUGACAAUGAAAGUCUCUCUGAAGGCCUCAUUAUAGUGGGGUAUCUAGUUCUUACCAAAGUAGUUGAAUCUUUGAGCCAGAGACACUGGUUUUUUGACUCAAGAAGGUCUGGCAUGAGAAUGAGGUCAGCCUUGAUGGUUGCAGUCUAUCAAAAGCAGCUGAAGCUUUCUAGUUUGGGAAGGAGAAGGCACUCAGCUGGAGAGAUUGUGAAUUACAUAGCAGUGGACGCUUAUCGAAUGGGGGAGUUCCUAUGGUGGUUUCAUUCGACAUGGAGCCUUUCGUUGCAACUAUUGCUUUCCAUUGUUGUACUUUACGUGGUCGUGGGUGUUGGUGCUCUACCUGGUUUAGUUCCUCUUAUCAUUUUUGGUCUUCUGAAUGUGCCAUUUGCUAAGGUACUUCAGAAGUGUCAGUCUGAGUUCAUGGUAGCUCAGGAUGAAAGGCUUAGAGCCACCUCUGAGAUCCUAAACAGCAUGAAAAUCAUUAAGUUACAAUCAUGGGAAGAGAAGUUCAAAAACUCGGUUGAUGCCCUUCGCGAAAGAGAGUUCAAACCAUUGGCUGAGGCACAAUUUCAAAAGGCUUAUGGAACUGUCAUGUAUUGGAUGGCACCAACCAUCAUCUCUUCGGUUGUUUUUCUAGGAUGCAUUGUUUUCAACAGUGCUCCUCUAAAUGCAAGUACUAUAUUCACAGUUCUAGCAUCAUUGAAAAGCAUGGGGGAACCUGUCAGGUUUAUACCGGAAGCACUUUCAGUUAUGAUACAAGUCAAGGUCUCGUUUGAUCGGCUGAAUUUUUUUCUGCUUGAUAAUGAGCUAAAGGAUAGUGAAAUAAGGAAAGUCCCAUCACAGAAUUCAGAUGAGAGCUUAAAAAUAGAAAGUGGCACGUUCAGCUGGAAUCCUGAACUAACAACGAUCCCAACUCUGAGAGAUGUGAAUUUGGAAGUAAAAUGGGAGCAGAAAAUUGCAGUUUGUGGACCAGUUGGUGCUGGAAAAUCAUCACUUUUGCAUGCUUUACUUGGAGAGAUGCCAAAAAUGUCAGGAAUGGUUGAUAUAUUUGGAAGCAUAGCCUAUGUUUCUCAGACUUCUUGGAUACAAAGUGGGACAGUUCGUGAUAACAUACUCUUCGGCAAGCCAAUGGACAAGAACAGAUAUGAGAAGGCCAUAAAAGCUUGUGCUUUGGAUAAAGAUAUUACUAGCUUUGAUCAUGGUGAUCUUACUGAAAUAGGGCAGAGGGGACUUAACAUGAGUGGAGGACAGAAGCAAAGGAUUCAGCUGGCUCGAGCUGUCUAUAAUGAUGCCGAUAUCUAUCUCCUUGAUGACCCCUUUAGUGCAGUGGAUGCAAAUACAGCUGCAAUUCUAUUUCAUGAUUGUGUCAUGUCUGCUCUUGCAAAGAAAACUGUAAUUCUGGUGACUCAUCAAGUUGAAUUUCUCUCACAAGUUGACAAGAUUUUGGUAAUUGAGGAUGGACAAAUUACUCAAUCCGGAAGCUACGAGAGUCUCUUGACAGCAGGAACUGCAUUUGCGAAGCUUGUGAAUUCUCACAAAGAUGCAGUAACAACAUUGGGUCCUUCAAACUAUCAAGUUCAAGAAGAUUCUGAAAAGGAAUAUAUGAUCCAGCCAGAGCAGUCUUAUGGGAGUAACCGUAGUGUACCUGGGGUGCAGCUAACAGAAGAAGAAGAGAAGGUGAUUGGUGAUGUGGGGUUGAAGCCCUUUUGGGAUUACAUUUUUGUUUCUAAGGCAACGCUUCUUCUUUGCUUAGGCACAAUAGCGCAGAUUGGUUUUCUUGGUCUGCAGGUUGCUUCAACUUACUGGCUAGCUCUAGCCAUUCAAAUUCCUAAAAUAACUAGCGGCAUACUCAUCGGAGUUUAUACUGCAGUAUCAACACUUAGUGUUGUCUUUGUAUUUCUAAGGUCAUACUUUGCAGCCCUUAUGGGCUUGAAGGCGUCUAGAGCAUUUUUCUGUAGUUUCAUAGAUGCUAUCUUCAAGGCUCCCAUGCUCUUCUUUGACUCAACUCCCGUCGGACGAAUUUUGACACGAGCUUCAUCAGAUUUAAGUAUAUUGGAUCUUGACAUACCUUUCGCUACAAUCUUUCUGGUGGCUUCUGGUACUGAACUGCUGACCGUGAUUGGAAUUAUGGCUUCUGUCACAUGGGAAGUUCUCAUUGUAGCCAUUCUCGCCAUUAUUGCUGCACAAUAUGUUCAGAGUUACUAUCUAGCCUCUGCAAGGGAGCUGAUAAGAAUAAAUGGAACAACAAAAGCUCCCGUAAUAAAUUAUACAGCUGAGACAUCACUUGGAGUGGUCUCUAUAAGAGCUUUUACAAUGGUUGACAGGUUCUUCCACAACUUCCUAAAGCUAGUUGACACAGAUGCAAAAGCACUUCAAAAUGUGACCCUUUUCACCGCUGCUUUUCUCCUUAUUCUAGUUCCCAAGGGUUAUGUUUCUCCAGGACUUGUGGGGCUUUCUCUUUCUUAUGCUUUGACAUUAACGGGGACGCAAAUUUAUCAGACUCGAUGGUAUUGCAAUUUAUCAAACUACAUUAUCUCAGUCGAAAGGAUAAAACAAUUCAUGCAGAUUUCACCUGAGCCUCUGGAAAUUGUGGAGGACAAUAGACCACCUUCUUCAUGGCCUAUGAAGGGUAGGAUAGAGCUGUAUUCUCUGAAUAUCAAAUAUCGUCAGAACGCUCCACUCGUUCUCAAGGGAAUCACAUGCACAUUCAAAGAAGGGACUAGAGUAGGAGUUGUGGGAAGGACAGGAAGUGGCAAAACUACACUCAUAAGUGCUUUGUUUCGUUUAGUAGAACCAAGCAGUGGUAAAAUUAUUAUAGAUGGACUUGACAUCUGCUCUAUUGGUCUAAAAGAUUUGAGAAUGAAGCUCAGCAUCAUCCCUCAAGAACCAACUCUUUUCAGGGGUAGCAUUCGAACCAACUUGGAUCCUCUAGGCCUAUACUCUGACGAUGAAAUAUGGAGGGCUCUAGAGAAGUGUCAGCUCAAGUUUACCGUCAGCAGCCUACCUAAUCUUCUGGACUCGUCUGUGAGUGAUGAAGGGGGAAAUUGGAGUGCCGGGCAGCGCCAGCUGUUUUGCCUUGGAAGAGUGCUUCUCAAGAGGAACAGGAUUCUAGUUCUAGAUGAGGCUACUGCUUCCAUUGAUUCUGCAACAGAUGCCAUUCUACAAAGAAUCAUCAGGCUAGAAUUUGCAGAAUGCACAGUGAUAACUGUGGCUCAUAGAGUUCCAACAGUGAUAGACAGCAACAUGGUCAUGGUCCUCUCCUAUGGGAAGCUGGUGGAGUAUGAAGAACCCUCAAAGCUCUUGGAUACCAAUUCCUAUCUCUCCAAGCUUGUAGCUGAGUAUUGGUCAAGCUGCAAUAGAAACUAA